GGUAGAGAGUACAACUUAAGUGUUGAUGGCUGAUCUCAGUGUAUGAGCAAGUAAUCUGUGUUACAUUUGCGGGAUGCGAUUAAGAAGCUGGAAUGUGAAUAAGAAGCUGGAAUGCGAACAAGAAGGUGGUGAAUAAGAAGCUGGCCGAAUAAGAAGCCAACUUUAGCAUCAACUUUGGACCCCGUUUAUCAACAAAGACAUGUUGCCCAGCUCUAUGGACCUCUCCAGGCUGCAGCUGCUGCUGGUCUCCACGGCUGUGGGAGCCGGGGGUCUCUUGGUGUACUUCCUUGUGAUCCGGAGGAGGACCAAGAACAAGACCCUCCCCAUGGGAGACGGCUGGUGGGGUGCUGGGGAGAAACCACUGGCUGAAGAUGAGGAAAUCCACCCUUUUCAGAUUGAAACUUCAGAUGAAGAAAUAAAGGAUCUUUACAUGCGCAUCGACCAGACCAGAUUUACCCCAUCAUUGGAGGAUAGCCAGUUCAAUUAUGGGUUUAACUCCACCCACCUCCGGAAGGUGGUUUCUUAUUGGAGGAACCAGUUUGACUGGAAAAAGCAGGUCAAACUCCUCAACAAAUACCCACAUUUCAAAACCAAAAUUGAAGGUCUGGAUGUCCACUUUGUCCAUGUGCGUCCCUCUGGUCUCCAGGAAGGACACUCUGCAAAGCCCCUGCUGAUGGUGCACGGCUGGCCAGGCUCCUUCUUUGAGUUCUACAAGAUUCUCCCCCUGCUGACCGAGGGUAGAGACGGGCUGGUCUUCGAGGUGAUCUGCCCCUCCAUCCCUGGCUAUGGCUUCUCAGAGGCUCCCCACAAGACAGGGUUCGACUCGAUUGCUGCAGCCCGCAUAUUUUACAAGUUGAUGCAGCGGCUGGGCUUCAAGGAGUUUUACAUGCAAGGUGGAGACUGGGGGGGUCUGAUCACCACCAACAUCGCACAGAUGAGACCUGAAAAUGUGAAAGGACUUCAUUUGAAUUUCUUCCCGGUGACAAAACACAACCUGCGGAUGCUCGUCUCGCUGCUCCUGGGUGCCUACGUGCCGUUCUUGGUGGGAUUCACCAGGGAGGACGUGAAGCGCAUCUUCCCUUACUUCAAGAAGAACGUGUAUGAAAUGCUGAGAGAAUCGGGGUACAUGCAUAUCCAGGCCACCAAACCCGACACUGCAGGCUGUGGGCUUAAUGACUCCCCAGUUGGACUGGCAGCCUACAUUCUGGAGAAGUUCUCCACAUGGACUGAUAAGCAAUUCAGAGACCUAGAGGAUGGGGGUCUGGAAAGGAAGUUUUCCCUGGAUGACCUACUGACCAAUGUAAUGAUUUACUGGGUGACAGGCUCUAUGGUUUCCUCCAUGAGGUUUUAUAAAGAGAAUCUGAACGGGAACCCAGAGAAGAGGCCUGAUGCAAAGAUUGGUGUCUGUGUCCCAACUGGACUGGCUGUCUUCCCCAAUGAGCUGCUGCACGGUCCUCUAGUCUGGGCCCAGCCGCGCUACAAGAACGUCAUUUCGUACUCCUACAUGCUGCGAGGAGGCCACUUUGCAGCAUUCGAGGAGCCAGAACUGCUAGCAGAGGACAUCAGACAGUUUGUGAAGAAAGUGGAAAAGUGAUUUAGAACUAAAUCUAGACAAUGUUUUGUUGUAACAAGUGCUGUAAAAUGUAAUGGCAUCUGUAGAAUACAAUGGCUCAUUAAGGACCUUGUUAAGAUCACAAGAUAAUCUGACCUGACCAAUUCUUUAUUUUUAUUUUAAGUCCUCAAUAUGAGCUACCAUAGCACCAUCAGUCAAGUAACCAAUCAGUCACGUCUGCUAAAUAAACACAUAUUAUUAUUAUUAUUAUUAUUAUUAUUAUUAUUAUUAUUAUUAUUUAUUUCUUAGCAGACGCCCUUAUCCAGGGCGACUUACAAUCGUAAGCAAAAACAUUUCAAGCGUUACAAUACAACAUAAUAAUAAUAAUAAUAAUAAUAAUAAUAAUAUCAAAUAAAAGAUGGGUCCUAUUGGCUAAACCUUAAUUUGCAGUCAGCGUACUGUAUAGAACAUGGUUGAUAUAUUACUGAAUGUUUAUCGGUCACUCAGCAAUCACAAUGCAUUUUCACAAAAACAUAUUUUUGGCAUAUCACCCAUGCUGUGUUUAAACAAGCAUGAAGGAGGAUUGUCCAUACUUAAGCGUUAUGAAGUAGAGCAAGAUGUUCUCGUACAGGAAUCUUAAAAAAAUAAUAAUCUGAAAAACAGAUGUUUGGGCAUGGAAAGAAAAACAUGGACUUACAGGGGGGGGGGUUGCUAACUCUGCCCACUCAAAACUUCAAAAAUAGAAACCAAAAUAUUGAUACUCAUCCACAUGCUAACCUAUAUUAAUACCUUUGCAAAAACGAAAUUCCUGUGGUUGGUAUUGCUAUUUGAAUUGCACGCAUUUAUAUUUAUAGAGGUUAGUAAGAUUUAAAUCCCUGGUGAUACACAGGAAACAAAGUUGGUUCCUUUUAAUAAGAGUUGUGCAUCCUACUGUAUUGCUUCAUCUCCCUAGCCAGGCUGCAGUGUAAUUGCCUGAUUUACAUUCUGAAAUUAAAACUUUACAUACUGUGCUAGAAGAACUAAAACAACUAUGUCUGUUGAAUGAUCACACUGACCCUCUCAAUUUUUAGCAUUUUGCUACUGUCCCCUUUUACCUUUGUGACAAGCAUCUCUGCCUUGCAACCCAAUACCAUACUGAAUAGGAUUCUUUUUCAGCUAUAACAUCACGGGGAUACAUGCAUGCAUUUCAUUUGUAUUCUUAGACAGUCUACGCUUACCCUGUGUCCGAGUCCUUUCAUUAUUUAUUUUUGCUUAAAAGAUGUAUGACCAUUGCCAGGUUUUACAGCAGUGGCCAAAAGUUUCGAGUGAAAGUGGGAGAAAGCAGUAACUAUAGAAUUAUGGGUAAUCGAAUUGCAUGAAAGUCACCAACAUUAUGUAACCAAAUAAACUAUUAAAUGAUGCAAAAGUCUA